UGCAUUCGAUAGAAAGAUUGUUGUUUUAUGUAUUCGAGAUGAUCUACGAGGAAAAGUUUAAAAGAAAGAAAUAAUACUACGAGGUUUUCUCGUGAUUCUACGACGAGAGGUAAACAUAACCUAUCUUUAAUAUCAAAUACACGAUGAGUAAGUACAGGAGGAAAGAAUCCUCGAGCGAAGACAGCGAUAGCGAGGAGGAGAGACGUAAAAAGGAUAUCAAGGAGCGUGAUGAAUUCGCCAAUCGACUUAAAGCGAAAGAUGAGAGCAAGAUACGAAAGGUGGCUAUGCCGGCUGGCUCAGGAGCAGCCGAGGCAGCCAAGAGACUCAAACUUAUGGAAACGGAUAUGCGGGAGAAAUUGGUGCCGAAAUUGCGUGUCGAAUCACGACGAAAAUACUUGGAGAAACGUAAAGAGGAUAAAGUAGCCGAAUUGGAGGCUGAUAUAAUCGACGACGAAUAUUUAUUCGAGGAAGAAGUAUUAACGGACCGCGAGAAGAAGGAACGGGAACAUAAGAAACAAUUACUCCAAUUAGCGAAAGAACAUGAGAAAGCUAGGGAACUGGAAAGGGUGCAGCGUUAUCAUAUGCCCUUGGAGAAGGGUAAAUUGGAACCAGAACCUGAAGUGCAGGACAAUGAACCGCCGCAAUCUGAACAAAGCAAAUGGGAGUCCGAUCAGAUGUCGUCCGCUGUCUUUCGAUUCGGUGCGAAAGACAGGAAAGCGCAACAGGAUUACGAUCUUUUGCUGGAGGACGAGGUGGAAUUCGUCCAGGCACUUCGUAUGCCUGGCAGCGAGAAGGACAAAAGACGCGGAGAGAGUCCACCGGCCCAAGUGAAGGCUUUGCAAACUAUACACGAGACGAAAAAGAGUUUACCGAUCUAUCCUUUUAGAAACGAUUUGAUUCAGGCUAUCAAAGAUCACCAGGUGUUAAUCAUCGAGGGAGAAACAGGUUCGGGAAAAACCACCCAGAUUCCGCAAUACUUGUACGAGACUGGUUUCGCGGAGAAUAAUAAAAUAAUCGGGUGUACACAGCCACGCAGAGUGGCCGCUAUGUCCGUAGCAGCGAGAGUUGCUCACGAAAUGGCCGUGAAAUUGGGCAACGAAGUGGGCUACGCGAUUCGUUUCGAAGAUUGUACCUCUCAUCGUACUCGUAUUAAAUAUAUGACAGAUGGUACGCUUCAUCGUGAGUUCCUCAGCGAACCUGACUUGGCUUCUUACAGCGUUAUGAUAAUCGACGAGGCCCACGAGCGUACUUUGCACACUGACAUAUUGUUUGGAUUGGUAAAAGAUAUCACCCGGUUUCGACCUGACUUAAAGCUCCUAAUUUCGUCGGCUACGUUGGACGCUACGAAGUUCAGCGAGUUCUUCGACGACGCUCCAAUAUUUCGGAUACCUGGUCGACGUUUCCCCGUUGACAUUUACUAUACCAAGGCACCUGAAGCGGAUUACAUCGACGCCUGUGUGGUCUCUAUUCUUCAGAUACACGCUACUCAACCGUUUGGCGAUGUACUUGUAUUUUUAACAGGCCAAGACGAGAUAGAAACGUGUCAGGAAAUGUUACAAGAGAGGGUGAGACGAUUGGGUUCGAAAUUAGCGGAACUGUUGAUCUUACCCGUUUAUGCGAAUCUUCCAAGCGACAUGCAGGCGAAGAUAUUUCAACCUACCCCUCCAGGAGCAAGAAAAAUAGUUUUGGCUACCAACAUUGCGGAAACGUCGCUAACGAUAGACAAUAUAGUGUACGUGAUAGAUCCUGGAUUCGCUAAACAGAACAACUUUAACUCUCGUACAGGCAUGGAAAGUUUAAUGGUAGUACCUAUCAGUAAAGCCUCUGCCAAUCAGAGAGCUGGUAGAGCUGGAAGAGUAGCUCCAGGCAAGUGUUUCCGCCUGUACACUGCCUGGGCUUAUCAACACGAGUUAGAAGACAACACUGUGCCUGAGAUUCAGAGGAUCAAUCUUGGCAAUGCAGUGCUGACUCUGAAGGCGCUUGGAAUAAACGAUUUGGUCCAUUUCGAUUUCCUCGAUCCACCGCCACACGAGACUCUGGUUCUAGCUCUGGAACAGCUGUACGCUUUGGGUGCGUUGAACCAUCGUGGAGAAUUGACGAAACUUGGUCGUAGAAUGGCCGAGUUCCCUUUGGAUCCUAUGAUGGCGAAAAUGUUGCUGGCCAGUGAGCAGUAUCGUUGUUCAGAGGAAGUGGCCACGAUCGCCGCUAUGUUGUCCGUGAACGGAGCCAUCUUCUAUAGGCCCAAAGACAAGAUCAUCCACGCAGACACCGCAAGGAAGAAUUUCCACGUGCCUGGUGGUGAUCAUUUAACGUUGUUGAACGUGUACAAUCAGUGGCAACAAAGUGACUUUAGUACGCAUUGGUGCUACGAGAAUUUCAUUCAGCACCGGUCGAUGAAGAGAGCCAGAGACGUUAGGGAACAGUUGGUUGGACUUAUGCAACGAGUAGAGAUGGAAUUGGUCUCGGGGAUCACGGAAACGGUGAACAUUAGGAAGGCUAUCACGGCUGGAUAUUUCUAUCAUGUGGCGCGAUUAUCUAAAGGAGGACAUUAUAAGACUGCGAAACAUAAUCAGACUGUGUCAAUUCAUCCUAACAGUUCACUGUUUCAAGAGCUACCACGUUGGUUGCUUUAUCACGAGCUAGUUUUCACCACGAAAGAGUUUAUGCGACAAGUGACUGAGAUCGAAAGUAAGUGGCUUUUAGAGGUAGCACCUCAUUAUUACAAGCCGAAAGAGCUGGAGGACUCGACGAAUAAAAAAAUGCCAAAAGUCGCGGGUAGAUCGCGGCCAGAUGGUACAAACUAA